GUCAAAGUCCAGUUGUGCUUUCAGCCGGACCGCUUCUACAAGAGCUUACAAAGCAGCCAAAGCUGCGUACUCACUACAAUGACUUCUUUACAUAUCACUGUAGCUUUCCAGCAAAGGUUCUGACCGCUAUUCCAGCACCGACAGCGACCGAGCGGGCUGUCACCGUAGAAUUGACAAUUACCCAUGCAAUCUGACGUAGACAGCCUUGUGAGGAUGAAGGACCAAACGUCCCAGGAGCUUCUGGGCUCAUCGGGCACAGCUGGCAGCGAGCAGGCCGGGUCGCACCUAGGGAGCACGCACAAGGAUAUCAUCGCCAACCUGCGCAGCGCCACGGCCGCAACCGGGCCCUCACUGGCCGGCAAGUUCUCGGCGCCCUCGAAAAAGCCCGCCGCGGCCGGGAUGGCCCCGUCAAUCAGCAUACCAGCGGGCACAGGUCGUGUCUCGGCGUCUGGCUCCUCCCUGCCGCCGUCAAACAGCACCACGCCCCGUGGAACCGGCGGCAGUACGGGCAACACGCCGCAGGGCGGUGCGGGCCCGGGCCUCCCACCCAGCGGCGCCGCACCAUGGGGUGGCGGUGGCACUAGCGCCGGGGCAGCAGCACCCUCCAUGAUCCUGGCUAAACAGGCGGGCGCAGCGGGCGCAGGCACCGCCGCUCCCCGGCAAAGCAGCGGCCUGCCUCCGGGCCCUGCUGCUGCGCCCGGUGCGGCGCGAGCUGCGGGCACAGCCGGUUCGGGGUCGGGAUCGGGGUCAGGUUCAGCCGCGCUGUCCAGUCGGCCAGCGGGAGCAGCCAGCGGCGCGCCGGCGCCACAUGCGGGGCGAGGUUCGGCGCCGGCGCCGGCGACUGGCCAGCAUCAGGCGGGGCGGGCUGGGGGCUCGCAGCAGCACACGGUGGCCAUGACGCCCACGACCAUGCAGACGCCGCCGCCGCCGGCGGGCGGGCCUGCGGGGCAGCAGCCGUUCGCGACGUACCAGGUGGCCUCCACCAACCCCGUCUUCAACAUGCAGGACACGGGCAUAUCGCCGCUGGCGCUCUCCAAGCGCGAGGUCUACACGCCCGCCAUGUCAGACUCCAUGGCCGCAGCCAGCCGCGCCUCCGCGGGACCGGCACCGGCGCAGCCGCCACCUCGCGGUCCCGGCGGCGCCCGGCCGUCGCUGCCUGUGCCCAACCCUCGCGACCUGUUCUCGCCCAAGGCGGUGGAGGAGGCGAUGCAGCAGCGGCCCAAUGAGCUGCAGUACCUGUGCGAGCUGCCGCGCUGGACGUACGCGCGGCCCGGCCUCACGGGCCUGGACCUCAUCAUGGCGGCCGGCGCCACCAACGUGGAGGCGGGCGGCUCGGGUGCGGCGGCCCACCCCGCGGACGUGACGCCGCAGGACCUCAUGGCCAUGGAGCAGCGCCUGGUGAACGACCUGCUGCACGCCUUCCUGGGUCUGGGCAGCCAGCUGGUGCGGCCGCGGCUGGUGGCGCCCGCCAACGCGCGCGGCGCCAACGCGCGCGGCCCCUGCCUGACCUUCGCGGUGCGGGAGGACCUGGUGCACGCCACGCUGAGGGAGCGCGUGGCGCCGCUGCUGCCCAUCUGCGACUACGUGGCGGCUCUGCAGCGCUUUGUUGAGACGCGGUCGGCGCACUGCUACGGGAUGGUGACGCACGCGCUGGCGGCCGCCCUGCGCGGCUACCUCGAGGACUGGCAGGUGAUGGUGGCGAUGAUGGAGAACCAGAUGCUGCGCGGCGCGCUGGACCUCACGCGCCUCACCUUCUACUGCCAGCAGCCCGCCGCCGCGCUGGCGGUACUGGCGGACGUGGCUGCGCAGGCCGCGGACCUGUACCGCAGCUCGGCAGACCUGCUGAACCUGCUGUACACGCGCUACAACAGCUCCGCCGGCAACGGGCCGGGCCGCUCGCUGCUGCAGCACCUGCUGACAGCGGCGGCGGCGCCCUACUGCUCGGGGCUGGAGCAGUGGCUGCGCCAGGGCGUGCUGGACGACCCCUACCACGAGUUCAUGGUGCAGGAGGACGCGAUGCUGCGGCGCAACUCGCCCGCCUCCACCUCGGGGCUGCCCGGCGCCGCCAGCCGCGCCUCCUCCUACUGGCGCGGCCGCUACACGCUGCGGUGUAAGGUGGACGAGGCGGCCGGCGCGGCAGCGCUGGCCAGCCCGGGUGGCGGCGGCGGUGGUGGUGGCGCGCCCACCACCCUAGACAUACCCAACUUCGUGUUUGACAUGCGCGAGCUCAUUCUGAGGACAGGCAAGUACCAGAACGUGCUUCGCGAGUGCGGGCAGCCAGUGGCGCAGCCGCUGCUGCCGCAAUCGGCCGCCGCCGCCGCCUCGGGCGCGCCGCCCGCGCCGCUGCCCCCCCUGGUGUACGACCCCACGCAGCCCGGCAACCUGCAGCAGCAUGUGCGCGCCGCCCACGCCGCCGCCAGCUCGGCGCUGCUGUCGUUCCUGCUGCGCGGCAGCUCCAGCGGCGGCGGCGGGCUGCUGGCGGUGCUGCGGUCCGUGAAGCACUUCUUCCUGCUGGACCAGGGCGACGUGCUGGCCAGCAUCAUGGAGGUGGCGGAUGAGGAGCUGUCCAAACCCGCCAAGGCCAUCAACCGCACACGCCUGCAGUCGCUGCUGGAGAUGGCCGUCAAGAUGUCCUCGGCCGCCUCGGACCCGCACGCCGACAGCCUGGGCUUCGAAAUGGACCCGCGGCCCCUGGACGUGCUGGCGCGAGCCGUGGCAGCCACCGUGGCCGCCUCCUCCGCCUCCGGGCCCUCCGGCAGCUCGCACGGGCCCUCCUUCUCGGCGGCUCUGGACACGCCCUACGGCACGCCCGGCCCCGCCAGCCGCACUGCCGCCUCCGCCUCCGCGGUGUCGUUCACUCCUGGCGGCAGCCGGCUGCUGGGCCCUCGCGACCAGGACCUGCCGGGCUGGGAGCUGUUCCUGCCCACCCUCAAGCUGGACUGGCCCGCCACAUUGGUGGUGGGCUCCGAGGAGCUGCUGCAGUACCAGCUGCUGUUCAAGCACAUGUGGGGCCUCAAGCGGGUGGAGCGCCAGCUGGAGGCCACGUGGCUGCUGCUGCAGGGGACAAAGAGGCUGCCGCGGCCGCGCGGCGCGGUGCCUGCGGCUGAGGUCCGGCGCAACAAGCAGCUGGCGGUGGCGCACGCGCUGUGCCAGCAGCUCUACUUUACUGUGCAGGAGCUGCUAAGGUACAGCACCCUUGACGUUCUGGAGCCGCUGUGGGAGGGCCUGGAGGCUGGCAUCGCGCACCGCGCCGCCGACGCCGACCAGGUCAUUGCGCUGCACCGCGACUUCCUGCGCGCCGCGCGGGCGGGGCUGAUGCUGGAGCAGCCGCGCGCGCUGGGCUGUAUGCUGGGGCUGCAGGCGGGCGCGGCGGGCUUCGCGCGGCGCAUGGCGGCGCUGUGGGACAAGCUGCAGGCGGGGCUGGAGACGUCGUCCAAGGCGGUGCAGGUGACCCCUGCCGACAUCGCGGCUGAGCAGCAGCGCGCCGCCGACAUCGCGCAGUCGCUGGACGACCUGCAGCGGCUCAUGGGGGACAACACACAGCAGCUGCAAGAGCUGGUGGCGGUGCUGCGCGACUACUACGAGGCCCGGCUCACAGGCAGCGCCGCGGCCGGAGGCGGCGGAGGCGCAGCCGGAGGCGGUGCCGGCCUGGCGGGCGCUGACGCCAGCUCUGGCGGCCUGCUGGAGGCUGGCAGCGGCGGCUGGGACCUGGAGGCGCUUCAGAACCUGGCUGACCGGCUGGACUUCGCGCGGCCGCAGGCGGGCACGCUGGGCUCGGUGCUGGCGGCGCUGGUGGCGGCGGAGCGCUAGCGGAGGAGCGUGAGGGCAGCGGAGGAGCGAGCAUGAGAGUGGAGGAGGCGGCGGUGGAGGCGCGGAGGAGGUGGAGAGGUCGUGAGAGGCUGGAGGAGGCGGUGCGUGCGGGAGAAGGCGAGCGCAGUGGGAGUCGCCGGGGCGAACGGCUGCAGCUGGACGUCAGGAGGGCAUGGGGCCGUGAGCGCACAUACACACACGUGAGCAUGCGCGCGCGACAGGGAAGUAGGUGGCGGGCUAUCGAUCAGUGUGGAGGUUCCCAUAAGUGGUGCCGGUGGGAGUCGCAUGCACAUCACGGACUGAAAGUUCAGCCGCGGCUUAGGAGCUAAGGGAUAAAGGCAAGUGUGUGAACAACCCAAGUGGCUCGUUUGCGGCCUAUUAACGACGAAGCCGAACUCGCGGCCCUUGACCUUCUCCACGCCGUACGGCCAUGAAAUUUGUGACCCCUUGUGUCUCCAUUGAACCCUCCAUUCGUCCACUCAAGUUUCAUGCCCUGAAAGGCUUUGCCGUAGCCUGUACAAAAUGA